AUGGGAGUGGAGGAAGGAUCUAUCAAACCUACAUCCCGUCCCCUCACCGGUUUCACCGCCGAGCAUGUUUACAGCUGUGGCACAGUCCGGCUCCCCGUUUAUGUCGGCGGAAUUUCAAAGCUCUUGAAGUUCAUCGUCAUGGACAAACCGGCCAUCUAUAACGCUAUCCUCGGCACCCCAUGGCUCCAUGAAAUGAAAGCUGUCAUCUCGAUCUAUCAGAGCGGCCUCUCACAUCGCCGAAGCUCUCCUCUCACUCAUCCACGACGCAUCACCACCGCUAGUCACGCCGGGGAAUCUCAUUCUUCGAAUCGCCGCAUAAAGAUCCUUCUCCGAAACCUCGCCGUUUCUCCAAUUCGUCAAGAUCUAAAUAUCCCUUUCAGCAGAUUCCGAUGUUCUUUUCAAGCAACCACCAUUAGUGACCAUGGAGAGAAGACCUGUCCACUAUGUGCUGAGGAGAUGGAUCUGACUGAUCAGCAAUUAAAGCCUUGCCAAUGUGGCUAUCAGAUGUGUUUGGUGUUAGCAUCACAUAGUGGACAUGGCAGAGAAAUAUCAAAUAGAAGGGCGUGGUCCAGCUUGUCGCACUCCAUAUGA